CAUCUACUACAAAUUCCCUUCGUCGUCUCCCUCCUCUUCGUCGCCUCCUCCAAAACCCUAAACCCUCUCUCUCUCUCUCAUCGAUCCCCAUUGUAGAGCGAGCGAGCUCGAACGAUGCGGCGAUGAGCCUGUAUCGGCAAUCGGGGGGCGGAGAUCGAUCCGCGUCGCGCUCCCACACCGACCACCACCCUCCGAUCGAGGGCCAGGUCCACCACCGCCCACCGAGGCUCCGCCGCGCCGGAAAACCCCACCACCGCCUCCGCCGCCCCCCUCCCGCCACUCUCUUCGUCGUCGCCCUCACCCUCGUCGCCCUUCUCGCCUUCCUCGGCUGCCGCCGCCUCUUCCGCCACAAUGAGAAAGGGCUCGGGGAGGAGGACGAUGGUGGGAGGAGGGAGAUGGGGUUGGUUAUGACGUUAGGGCAAAAUGUUGGGAAAGAUCAGAUUGGGGAUAACGGGGAUAGUGCGCAAGGGAUUAGUGGUAAUGUAGAAGGAUUGUCUAAUGGAGCAGAGGAGAUGGAUCCUGAUGACGAGUAUGAUGAUGAUGUUGAUGAUGAUGGUGACGAUGAUGUUGCUGAUGAUGAUGAUGGUGGUGUUGGGGUGGACCAUGAUGAUGGUGAUGAUGUGGAUAAGGUUGGAGAAGAUGCCUUCGUGAGUGCAUUGGAAAGAGACUCUGCUAAUGGCGAAGAAGGUGGUACGCAGAAGAACGGUGAUCGCACAAGCGGUGAUAAUGUGAAGCGUUCUGGUUCUCGGAGGAAGUCGCGGUCGAAGAGAAAACCAAAAAGGCACAAAUUUUCGGGUUCAACCUGUGAGAUGAAGUUCUUGCAGUCCACAGCUCAACUAGUAGAGCCUUCUGUGGAUAAAAAAUUUGCCAGAUUUUCUCUGCAGUAUACAGACGUUGAAAACCAACCGAUAGGAUCGAAAGAUUGGGAACCAAGAUUCGCCGGCCAUCAGAGUCUUCAAGAAAGGGAGAAGUCAUAUCAUGCUGGAGAUCAGAAAAUCAAUUGUGGAUUUAUAGAAGGAACUGGGUUUGAUCUUUCAAAAGAAGAUAGAGAAUACAUGAGCAAAUGCCAUGUCGUUGUAUCGUCUUGCAUUUUCGGGAAUUCGGAUCAUCUGAGACCACCGACUGGUAAAAAGAUUACGCAACUUUCAAAGAAAAAUGUCUGCUUUGCUAUGUUUUUGGAUGAAAGUACUCUGCAGACCUUGUUAUCAGAAGGCUUAAAAAUGGAUGGCUCGGGUUUUGUUGGCCUGUGGAAGAUCAUAGUGGUUAAAAACUUGCCUUAUGACGACAUGCGGAGAGUUGGCAAAAUACCUAAAUUUUUGCCUCAUCAGCUUUUCCCUUCUUCCAGGUCAUCAAGCUUUGUUUGGCUGGUCAUUUGGUCUCUUUCUUUAUUUCUUGAGUUCAUGCAGCUUGGUUUCGUUAGUGCGUCAUCUGGUUUCCGGUUUGUGAUGGAGGAAUCGCCUGUUUUAUGCAUCUCGCUUUCUUCUCGUUAUG